AGCUAGUGUCGCCAGUUUGGUAUUCAAUUCUACUUAGAACUCAUUAUAAUGAACCAUAGCAAUAUUCGGUAAUUUCAGGGUUUCAAGACUACUUUCGCUAGCUAACAUAUCUGACCAAAAAUACUCAAAUGCAUUAUAUUAGUUCGGUAGCUUUAUUGAAUCGCUAUGUAUUGGGUAAUAACAAAUUAGAAUAAUUUUUGACAAUGUCGGAUUACAUCAAAAAACUCCAAAUUUAAACACGACUUAUAUUUGCCCACAUCAUCGAUGGUGAAACCUAUUUGAUGUCUAAUGACCUAACACCUGAAAUUGUGAUGGUAUUAGUUGACGUCACAGAAGGACCAAGUAACUUUGUCCGUCCAAUGUUAAGCAAUCCAGAAGAGUAUCAAGCCAAGGAAUUGUCGGGUGCAGCAGUGCUAUACAUUAUGAUUUGGAUAGCUGAUAUAUUCUGCAACGUGAGCGGUAUAACCGUAAAAUAACAGCAGACUCCAGUCCAAGAAUUACUUAAAUUCAUUCCUCUUUGAAUUGGUCUAAUUUUCAUGAGAUAAUGCUCUUCGUUAAUGAAUUCGGCUACAGUAGUUCCAAGACAAAUGGAGAAGUUGACUGGAUAGUUAAACAAGCUGAUGGACCGCCAACUGAAUUUGAGAAGUAUUUGGAUAGGUUCUACGAUAGCUCAAAUAAUAUAGUAUUGAUUUGUAUAUAAGUUAUACUAGACACACAUACGUCUUCGAAAAUUACUCCUCAUCCUAAAUAUCAUUGGUUUCCAAAGAGGAUAGGUAGGACUCAUUAAAAUUGUAAAACAUUGAAGAGACUUCAAUACAAAGUACACUUCAUAAUUAUCAGGCAAAAUUAUUGUUCCGAGUUUAUCUGAUAAUAUAUAUAUAUU